GCUCGAGCGGAUGGCUUCCCUGGGAAGGUUGCGAAGGCGGAACUCCAACGUUGCCUUCUCGUGGUUGCAAACCCUGAUCCACUGCGAGGAUGCCCGGGAGGUGAGUGGGGCGGGCCUCUGGAACCAGAUGGUGGCCCUGUACUUCUCGGCGUCCUGGACUUCCCCUUCACCCAACACGCCUUUGUGCGGGAAAUGGUGCCCUCCUUGCCAGUACUUCGUGCCCAUCUUGGCGCAGAGCUAUCAGCAGAUCCGCGACACCCACGGUGCAGAGGCCUUCGAGGUCAUCCUUGUCCCUUUGGAUGUGGACGAGACCCUGUGGCAGAUGCAGAUGGCCAAGAUGCCCUGGCUCUCAGUUCCGUUGAAGAACCGGGAGGUCAUCGUAAAGCUCUUCACCAAGUACUGCAUCACAGAGGCACCUCGGCUCAUCGUCUUGGAUUCCGCCGGCACGGUUAUUUCGGAGAAUGCGCGCGGGGGCGAAGGCGGAUGGGG